AUGGGAAAGCGAAAACACAUCAAAUCCGGAGCAGGAGACUUGAUCAAAGCUCCCGGUGGUCUGGCCGAUCAAAUUGAGGUCAACACGUUUGCUCAAUCAAGAGGAAAGCCGAGAGGAAUCUUGAAGAAGACAAAGCAAGAUGGUGAAGUAAGUUUCUGGUGUUUUCUCUUUCGUUUUUAGGGAUUCUUUUGAUUAUCUUCUUGUAGUUUGUUCCGGAUGUUCUCAGCAGUAAGAUCCUGCGCGAGGCAUCAAAACAAUUGGCUGCUGAAGAGCCUCAGAAUGUCACCAAGGUUGAGCCGAAGGUCUUGAUGGCAAAAGACGUCUUGUAAGUCGAAUAUUCCCAAUUGAAUCUUCUGAUUUUAGUUCUCAACUUCGCACAAGUUCCAAGAGAAAGGACUCCGAGGAUUCAUCGGAAGAAGAGGAUGUUCUGGAUGAUGAUGAGUUCCCGGCUUUAGCUUCAAGGUAUGUGUAAUAUAAUUCAUUUGAUAUUUCGUCGUUUAGUGCUCCACAGGAUCUCCCUGAGUUCCUACAUGGGGAAGACAAAGCAGCAAGUGACUUCGCCACCUCCGUUCUUCAUUCCGUCAACUUUAAGAAGCAACAAUUUGAGAAGAACUUCAGCACUCAAGGAGCAGAUCCGACCGCUGGUUUAUCCGAAAAUGUUGUCAAGAUGUAUCAAGAAAUUGGCCAAUACAUGCAUUACUAUCGAUCAGGGAAGAUUCCCAAAGCUUUUAAAUCCAUCCCUGCACUAAAAAACUGGGAGCAGAUUUUGGAGUAAGCGGUUUUCAGUUUUCAUAAAUUUUUGUCAUGAAUAAUAUAAUUUUGGUGAUAUUUUCAGAAUAACCCAGCCGGAUAAGUACACAGCGGCUGCUAUGCUACAUGCAACGCGACUUUUUGCUGCCGUCGCUUCACCAAAGGCUUGUGAACGGUAAGAAUUUGAGAUUUUUCCAUCUACUUGCCAUGGAUAAUAUAAAAAGCUGUCUAAUUUUGUGAUUUUUCAGUUUUUACCGUUACUACCUGCUCCCACGUGUCCUUGAUGACAUUAUGGAGUAUCGCAAAUUGAAUGUGCAUCUGUAUACUGCUGUGAAGAAAUCGAUUUAUAAGCCCACCUCGUUUGUGAAAGGACUUUUGUUGCCCAUCUGCGAGCCAGAUAUGGUCUCAAUGAAUGUGGCGCAUGUUGUGAAGGCUGUGAUCCAAUCCACUUCACUUCCCGUCUUCCACGCCGCCACUGCCAUCAUCAAACUGGCUCAACAACGACCCACCAGCUCCCCAGUGUCGUAUAUCUUGACAGGAUUCAUUCAGAAAAGAUACACAUUGCCGUCGUUGUGCAUCGACAGCCUCCUCGAUUACUUCUGCUCAUAUGAAGAUAAGGACGAACGAAUGCCCUUGUCUCUACAUUCAGCCAUCCAUGAAUUUGUGAAGACCUACAAGUUGGAGCUGGAUACACAGCAAAAACAACGGUUAUUGAAUGCGUUGAAUGUAAGUUGACUUUGUUUUUAGUUUUUUUUUCGGUUUUUAGGACAGGUUAUGCGGCAUAAAAAUGGAUUUAUCCCAAAAUUUCCGACAAUUUUUAUAUUGUACAUGAUGUUGAUAUAUAAAAAAUUUGCCAAAUCCAUGAAAUUUUCAGGAAUAUGGCAACAAAAUGGCCCGCAAAGACACUAUCAACCUGCUAAAUGAAGUCAUGCCAGAAGAUGUGGAAAUGGAAGAUGCUUGA